AUGGACAGUCAAAGAGUUGGUAUUCUCGGUGGUGGGCAGUUGGGCCGCAUGAUGAUAGAAGCAGCCUCUCGAAUGAACCUCAGAGUUACAGUCCUUGAUAAGCCAACUGACGCUCCGGCCAAGCAAAUUGAAUCUACCCAAGAGCAUAUUCACGGAGCCUUUAGCGAUGCUGAAAAAAUAAAGGAACUUGCAAUAAAGGUUGACGUUUUAACUGUAGAAAUAGAACAUGUCAACGCAGAUAUUUUGGCUUCCAUUGAAAAAGAAGGUUCUGUGCGUGUUUGUCCAUCCUCAUUUACGAUCAAAACAAUCCAAGAUAAAUUCAAUCAAAAAGAAUAUCUUUCAUCUCAUGGCAUACCGGUAGCCGACUAUCGAAACACACCCACAAUAGAGGACAUUACAAAGGCCAGUGAAGUGUUCGGAUAUCCCUUCAUGCUGAAAUCAAAAACGAUGGCUUAUGAUGGAAAGGGAAAUUACGUCAUAAAAUCAGCAUCUGAUAUUCCUGAGGCAAUGGUGGCUUUAAAGAACCUUCCCCUGUAUGCUGAAAAAUGGGCACCUUUUGUAAAAGAGUUGGCCGUUAUGGUCGUUCGACGUGCUAAUGGUGAGGUUCGUUCAUAUCCUGUGGUGGAAACCAUUCACAAGAACAGUAUCUGCCAUCUCGUCAUAGCGCCUGCUCAAAUUGACGGUAGCAUUGCUAAGAAAGCCGCGUCGAUUGCUGAGAAUGCCAUCAAAGCUUUUCCUGGUGCCGGUAUCUUUGGUGUAGAAAUGUUCUUAAUGGAAAGCGGCGAGAUCUUGUUGAACGAAUUGGCUCCCCGCCCUCAUAAUUCGGGCCAUUAUACAAUUGAAGCUUGCGAAACGUCUCAAUUCGAAAAUCAUAUGCGUGCUAUUUUGGAUCUGCCACUGGGAUCUACAGCGAUGAAAGUGCCAGCAUCCAUUAUGGUGAACAUUUUGGGAGAAAAUACAGAUAUGGACGCAUGUUACAAACCCUGCCAUACUGCUUUACUAACAGACGGAGCCACGAUCCAUUUGUAUGGUAAGAAAGAAUGUCGACCAGGUCGUAAAAUGGGACAUAUUACAGUUGUUGGUGAAUCUAUGGUGGAAGUGCAACAUCGACUUAAACCAAUCUUGGAAGUAUUGGAGCCAGGUGUCGAACGCCCCUUGACCGUAAUACCUUUGGUGGGUAUAAUUAUGGGUUCCGAUAGCGAUUUGCCCGUGAUGAAAGUGGGAGCUCAAAUAUUGAAAGACUUUGGAAUUCCAUUUGAAUUAUCCAUUGUUUCUGCUCAUCGGACACCUUUACGUAUGGUUGAAUAUGCACAAUCAGCAGCUCAGAGAGGAAUCAUGGCUAUUAUUGCUGGUGCAGGUGGUGCUGCUCAUUUGCCUGGUAUGGUAGCAGCGAUGACACCGUUACCUGUCAUUGGUGUUCCUGUGAAGGGUAGCUCAUUGGAUGGUGUAGAUUCUCUUUACAGUAUCGUGCAAAUGCCUCGUGGUAUUCCCGUUGCCACAGUUGCUGUGAAUAAUAGCACAAAUGCUGCUUUGCUUGCAAUUCGUAUUUUAGGUGCAUCUAUUCCCAGUAUUCAACAAAAAAUGGCUGCUUAUAUGAACAAAAUGGAGAAGGAAGUUAUGACAAAAGUCGAAAAAUUAGAUAAUGUUGGAUGGGAAAGCUAUUAG